AAAAUUUUCGAUCUUAAGAAAAAAUUCGUCAUUCUUAAGAAGCGACAGUUUAGCCUUGAGUGCGAAAGGAGCAUUUCUCUGUAGAGGUACACUUGGUACAUCAUCAAGAGAAGGUAUAUUGUUUUAUGUAUUUUGUUUUGUCUUCUCUAUUGCGUAUUACACAUUUCGCUGCAAUGCAACACGCGAGUUAUGGACAUACGGCCGAUUGAUAAUAAGAAAGAAAAGUAGGACUGCAUAUACGGUAUAAAUCGAUUUGUUCCGAAUAACGUGUUUCUGUGACGGCAUUGUCAACGGUUGAUGGUGCAGUUGUGAAAUAUAUGAACAAAUUGGACUGUUUAAUUGACUUUCGCGCCGCGAAGAAUGUUGAGAGUGGUGGUGGCGAAGUAAACGGCCUAGUAGGCGAUAAUAAGGCCACAUUGAUAGCUCCAAGUACAUACGUAUAAUUGCGACGCGUGUAUAUAUAGCAGCAAGUUCUCUCUUGAACGCCGAGUCCCUCCCCCGAGUGCGUUGUAUUUAUCAAGAUAUUCAGAAGCGACUUGACACAAGCGAAUCACGGCUGAAGAUUAAACUUGUUUCGAAUUUCCGUUGAAAAAUCAUGGCUAAGGACAAUCUCACUGCUAUACUGUAUGGCAUCAACGAUUUACGCCUGGAAAACACGAGUAUCGAGGAACCAGAAGACAAUGAGGUACUUCUCGAAAUGGGAUGCGUAGGAAUCUGUGGGUCGGACAUUCAUUAUCUUGUCAAUGGCAGAAUUGGCAAUUUUAUAGUGAAGAAACCCAUGAUCCUUGGUCAUGAGUCCUCUGGAACUGUUGCCAAACUUGGAAAAAAUGUUACGAAUUUAAAGGUCGGUGAUCGUGUUGCUAUUGAACCUGGCGUGCCUUGCAGGAUAUGUACACAUUGUAAAGAGGGACGUUAUAAUCUGUGUAAAGAUGUUGUCUUUUGCGCAACUCCGCCUGUGCACGGCAAUUUAAGACGUUUCUACAAACAUGCAGCUGAUUUCUGUUUCAAAUUACCCGAUCAUGUAAGCUUAGAAGAAGGAGCACUUUUAGAGCCAUUAUCGGUGGGAGUACACGCUUGUAAACGGGGCGAGGUCGGAAUCAGUUCUAAAGUACUAAUUCUAGGAGCUGGUCCAAUCGGUUUGGUGACCUUGCUGGUAGCCAAAGCCAUGGGUGCGAAGAAAAUAGUUAUCACGGAUAUCUUGCAAAGUAGACUGAACAUAGCGAAGAAACUUGGCGCCGACGUCACGUAUCUGGUGCAAAAGGAUAGAUCGGAGGAGGAUACAGUGGCUGAUAUUCAUGCAAUUUUCGAGGGUGAACCUAACAGAACGAUAGAUGCCUCCGGUGCACAAUCCUCGAUUCGUUUAGCAAUUCUUGCGACCAAAUCUGGUGGAGUUAUUGUGUUAGUGGGAAUGGGUGCUCCAGAGGUACAAAUUCCACUAAUAAACGCUUUAAUAAGAGAAGUUGACAUCAGAGGUGUUUUCCGAUACGUAAAUGACUAUGGCGAUGCAUUGGAGCUUAUCUCAUCUGGCAAGAUAGACGUGAAGUCGUUGGUCACUCAUAAUUACAAGCUAGAGGAGACCAAGCAAGCGUUUGAGACCUGCAGAACUGGAGCAGGUGGAGCUAUCAAAGUUAUGAUUCAUUGUAAAUAAACGAAUUACAGUAAAUACAAUUGUAAUUCUCUGCAAGAAUUGUAAAUGUUACGCGAAAGGCUUUAUAUUAUGUCAUCUUAAAUUGAAUUUAGUUAUAUUGGCAAUGUUUUAAUGUCGAAACUUUCAUAAUGUAGUCUCGUGUAAAUUCCAUUGUCUUAAUUUACACAUAAUGUAUCUUUCGCAUCUUGGCAAUCAAUUAAUGGUAAGAAACAUUCCUAAAUGCUGUUAUAUCGAGAUCGCAUAAAAUAUGUACGUUGUUAUUGACGCGUAUAAAGGUGAUUCUACACGGUCAAUAAUACUAAACUGUUAGUAUUAACAAAUUCUGACAAUGAUUGAUCCUGUGCGGUAAUAUUGAUUGAUUGACGUAGAAUACUGACAGUGAUCUGGAUUUUGAUUCUUGGACAUUAGUAUCGUUUUAUUAGGAUCCAUGUCACAGUGUGUCACAGUAUGUCACAAUGCAAUAGAUAUUAUAUGUAAAACUAACGUGAAAUAUAUUGUCAAUAAUAUUGAUCGUAUAAGAUUGAAAAUAUUGAUGUAUACUGUCAGUAUUACUGAUUCCAUAUUAUUCUAAUCAAUAUUAUUGAUCGCGUAGGGUCAUCUUGGCUCAAAAGAAUGGCGAUAUAUUCGAAACGACUUUCGUUAGUUAAUAUAUUUUUUUAGAAUAAUAACCAUAUAUUUUAUCUAAGUGAUGAAGUUUUAUUUCCGAAUUUUUUU